CUAUGUGCGGGUAUCCGAAACCGAGUGAGGUUUGAGCGUUGAGUCGUCCGCCUCCGUUCGAGAAGAAGUUCAAACCCUUGCGCUUUUUCUCUUCGAUCUCUUCUCCUAUAAAAGGAAUCAGUGAUCUCUAGAUCGAGGACCUCGGUGGUGGAGAGCGAUGGCGAGCGGUAGCGCUGUGGAUUUGGAGGAUGUUCCCUCAGUUGAGCUUAUGACGGAGCUCCUUCGCCGCUUCAAGUGCUCCUCCAAGCCUGACAAGCGCCUUAUCCUCAUUGGUCCGCCAGGAUCUGGGAAAGGCACCCAAUCACCAAUUAUAAAGGAUGAAUAUUGCCUGUGUCACUUGGCGACUGGUGAUAUGUUGAGAGCUGCUGUAGCUGCUAAGACCCCACUUGGAAUCAAAGCCAAAGAAGCCAUGGACAAGGGAGACCUUGUUUCUGAUGAUUUGGUUGUUGGAAUAAUUGAUGAAGCCAUAAAAAAACCAUCAUGCCAGAAAGGUUUCAUACUUGAUGGAUUUCCAAGGACUGUUGUGCAGGCAGAAAAGCUUGAUGAAAUGCUAGCAAAGCAAGACACCAAAAUUGACAAAGUGCUCAACUUUGCAAUAGAUGAUGCUAUACUAGAAGAAAGAAUUACUGGCCGUUGGAUCCAUCAAGCAAGUGGGAGGACUUACCAUACAAAAUUUGCACCUCCAAAGGUUCCUGGCAUUGAUGAUGUCACAGGAGAUCCCCUGAUGCAAAGGAAAGACGACACUGCAGAGGUCCUCAAGUCAAGACUUGAAGCUUUUCACAGACAAACUGAACCUGUUGUUGAUUAUUAUACCAAGAAGGGUGUUGUCGCAGAACUUCACGCCGAGAAACCACCAAAAGAAGUUACUGCAGAGGUUCAGAAAGCUCUUGCAUGAACUGAUCCUCAAUUUGUAAAACAAUCAAUCAAACCAGUAGUUCAUUUGACACAAGGUCCAGUUUUUAUUUUCCCCAAUAUGUACACCUUAACCUAUUAUCAUCAUCAUCCUCUCCGGCUAAUCUCGCUCAACAGAACUUACUGAGUUUAGCUCAAUAAAUAUUUCCUGCGGAAUUUUGUUGUAUCUGGGAGAAUGUUAUCAAUCUACAACAUUUUUGUUCCUCA